AGACAUGAAGAAUGAAGAAACAUUCAAACAUGAAGAUACUGAGGAACAAACAGACCUGAUGACACGGAAAGAGGAGAGUCAAGAACUCAAUGAAAAGGAAGAUCAUUUUCAGCAUGAGAAAUAUAAUUUCAUGACUGGACAAAAAUCCUUUAGUUGCUCACAUACUGAAAAGACUUCACAAAAAAGAGCUCAAAAGACAGCAAAUAGAAGUUAUUUCAUCUGCCAACAGUGCGGGAAAAGCUUUACUGAAAAAUCAAACCUUAAAACCCACAUGAGAAUUCACAGUGGAGAAAAACCUUACACAUGUUCUCAUUGUGGAAAAAGUUUUACAUAUAAACAACAUCUUGAUGACCACAUGAGAAUUCACACUGGAGAAAAGCCUUACACCUGCCAACAAUGUGGAAAGAGUUUCAUUCAAAAAGGACACCUUAGAGACCACAUGAGAACUCACUCUGGAGAGAAACCUUACACCUGCAAUCUGUGUGGAAAGAGCUUCAUUCGAAAAUCAAACCUUAACAAGCACAUGAGAAUUCACACUGGAGAGAAACCUUUCAUAUGUUCUCAAUGUGGAAAAAGUUUUACAUUUAAACAACACCUCGAUGACCACAUGAGAAUUCACACUGGAGAGAAACCUUACACCUGCCAACAAUGUGGAAAGAGUUUCACUCAGAAAGGAAACCUUAUGAAACACGUUAAGUCUCACACUUGAGAGAAGCCCUUUACAUUUGAUGGACAUAAAGUUGCUCUUUAACACGUACAGCCAGACCAGUGUGAUUAUUGUUGAAUGUUAUUAACUGCUAAAUUCAAAUAUGCUUUCGUGCUUUGGCUGGUGCUGAGCCAGAGAUGGACGAGUUUAGUGCUUGUCAUAGCCCUUAUAAAAAUCAACCAUGCGUUUACUAUAGUAAACAUGACUGUAGUAAGUCUAUAAAAGAUGGUUUAAAUUAUACUACAAGUGGCAACUAAAUACAAUUUCAUUUAUUUAUAUUAUUUUUAUUUUUUUUAUUUUUUACAGAAAAAGUGUUAAAAGCACGUUUUAGUUCAUAUUUAUGGUGUCCAAAAAUAGCAGUUGAGUAAACUUAGAUGUUCUAAAGAUUAUAUUAAGUACUAAAGAGUAUUUUUUUGUAUAUUAACUGAAAAAAUUUGUGCAGGAAAAUAGAGAACUCUAAGUACAUUAUGGAAGUGUACCAAGUGUACUCGAAUAAAAUGUAUUUUACUGCAGUUUUUUUACCCUCCCUUUUGCUCUUUGGUGCUCCAUCAAUUUAGUUUUCAUUUUUUUUAAUGUACUUAUUUGACUGGGACAAUGCACGGUAUUAAAUAUUAGUAUGAAAUACAAAUAUAAACAGGCCAGAUUAUACCAAUAUUGCUAAUUUAAAUCUGCAGAUCCUAGGCAGGUACACACAAAGACAGAUACACACACAUACAACACAACAUAAAAAAUAUAUACACCACGUGCAUAAUUAUUAGGCACGUUGGUAUUCUGAUGAUAUUUCUUUUUCCAAGCACAUUUUACCAAUU